AUGCCGGCCCAAGCUCAAACUCAAGUCAUUCUGCGACCAGUUACGGCUGAAAUAUCACAGCAUAUGCUAUCAGAAGUAACUACGCUACCUGCUGUUCAAUUGGGUGACUUCUUACUACAAUUUGAGUUGGAGGAACCACGGGAUUCUGUAAGAGAAAUCGCGAGAUGUGAAUUGCGAGAAACACCAGAAGUUGUUAAACCUGCUGUGGAAGAACUGAGAAGACUUCUAGAAGCGGACAAAGAUCUACAGGUUCCCCUCGAAAGCGACGCGUGGCUAAUCAGAUUCCUUCGACCUUGCAAGUUCUACCCAGAAAGUGCAUACGAUUUGAUAAAAAGAUACUAUGCAUUUAAAUUGAAACAUCACAAACAUUAUGAUGGGCUCACACCAAGCAAAGAACAGAACAUCUUUAAUCAGAAUAUCCUCCGAGUUCUACCUAACCGCGACCAGCACGGCCGACGAGUGCUAGUCCUCGAAUUAGGCAAGAAAUGGAAUCACAGCAAGUGUUCAUUAGACGAGGUAUUCAAAGGAUGCGUGCUAUUCUUGGAGGCAGCGAUGUUAGAGCCCGAAACGCAAAUUUGCGGUGCUAUCGUUAUAUUCGACAUGGACGGACUCUCCAUGCAGCAAGUAUGGCAGUUCACUCCGCAAUUCGCCAAGAGGAUUGUGGACUGGUUACAGGAAAGUAUCCCACUCCGGCUCAAAGGACUGUACAUCAUCAAUCAACCUUACAUAUUCAAUAUGGUCUUUCAACUCUUCAAGCCUCUGCUAAAAGAAAAGCUUCGCUCACGCAUCGUGUUCAUGGGCUCUGAUAGAGACCUUCUAUAUAAACACAUCAGUCCUAAGUGUCUGCCAGAUUGCUAUGGAGGUACGCUCUGUAUACCCAACGUCAGCGGCCCACAGUGGCUGGAACUACUGAUGAUAUGCGACAAGGAGUUUAAUGAAAUCAACAAGUACGGAUAUAAGAAGAAA